AUGACCGAAACGUUAAAUAUUUUCCAAGACGUACACUUUGAUGAAGAUAUUACUAAAUGGGAUAUCCAUACGUAUCUUCCUUAUAGUUCAUCUAACUACGGACUGUCUGAGGAGAUUCGUAUUUUAAUUCAAAGUCAAGAUCUAAUAACUGCAACAUGCGAUAGUUUUCUGUAUAUCGAGGGAAAAAUAGAGCGGAAAGCUGAAGAUCAUCUUAAACAAUGUCACCUAACCAACAAUUUUGCAAGUUUUCUGUUUGAGGAGCUUCGUUAUGAAUUGGGUGGUCAAAGAGUUGAUGUUUGCAGAAAUCCUGGAAUUACAUCAGCAUUGAAAGGGUACGUUUCGUAUACAAAUGCUGAGAGUAAGGCGUUGGCUCAUUUGGGAUGGUCGCCACAAAAUGAAGAACCUUUACAAGUUGAAUACACAAAAACAGAUGACAACGUAUCGAAAUACUUUUCGGUGUGCAUACCGCUUAAACACAUCUUUGGCAUGAUGGAAGAUUAUCAUCAAGUUAUUGUAAACAUGAAACAAGAGUUAAUUCUGAUUCGAUCGAGAAGCGAUGCUGAUUGUUAUCAUUCCGAGGCAGAUGCAACAAUUAAGUUGAGCAAAAUCCAAUGGAAAGUGCCUCAUCUCACACUCAGCGAUGCUGCAAAACUUAAUCUAUUCGAACGACUCAAUAAGAAUGUUGCGAUUAGUAUACCUUUCCGACAAUGGGAGCUGUAUGAGCUUCCGGCACUUAAGCAAGCACCGAUGGAUAUAUGGCCAAUCAAAACUUCAACGCAGCUAGAAAAACCUCGAUGGGUAAUUGUUGCAUUUCAGAAGAAUAAAAAAUUUUCGAAGUCUGAAAAAGCGGCAAAUUUUGAUAACGUAAACAUCAGAAACAUAAAGCUACAUUUAAACUCUGAAAGUUAUCCAUAUGAAGCAAUGCACCUGGACUUUAACGAAAACAAAUAUAUUACGGCAUAUCAGCAAUUCUUAACCUUUCGACAGAAUUACUACGGUAAAGAUGAGCAAGAUGCCCUAUUCGAUUAUUCCCAAUUCAAAAACUGUCCAAUUUUUGUGAUUGACUGCUCUAAGCAGAACGAAACGCUCAAGAAUUCAACUGUAGACAUCAAGCUAGAAAUCGAAUCGAGGAGUUCGUUUGAUGUUGGAAUAGUAGCGUAUUGUCUUAUUCUACAUGACGCACUUAUUCAAUACAACCCCCUUACGGGUGAGGUGAAGAAGUUAUAA